CCGGUGGAGGCGUCGGAGCAAAGGAGAAGAGCGGCGGAGGCUUCAUCAUCACCUGCGCGCGUGAAUGUUUGUCCACUGUCCACAAACACUUGUGAAUGCUUGGUCAUUUUUCGGGUCCCUCUUCACCUGUCCGCCGCAGGUAGCAGCCUACUCUUACCUGUCAUUUGGCAUUUUAGGAGGAGAGAAGGGUGUUAUCCACAGAACACUGUGGAUGGAGACAGUUUAUUAAUGGAAAGAGGACUCAAUGAUGUGGCUCCUGGACCGACCACCCAGGGUCCGGUAUGGCUUUUAGCCGCCUCAGUAAACUGGACCCCCCGUCCCGAGGCAUCUCCAGGAGAGCGGUGGUCAUGCCGUGCUGCCUCCUCGCCUCCCUCUUCCUCCUGCACCUCCUCACCGACCGCUGCACCUCCACCUCCCCGGUGAAAACCUCCUCCAGUCGAGCUGCGGGGCUUUUCCGGGACUUGAGCUCGCUGAGGACCAAGAGGCUGGUGUACGAGUGGUCGGAGCCUCCCGCGGGCUACGGCGCCUCCAGGCGAGCCUCGCGGGCGCUCGCGGACGAGCCCUCGGCUUCGGAGGAGCCCGAGGAGUCGCUCGCGCUGCCCCCUCCGGAUCUAGGAGUCGCCUCCAGGAAAGUGUCGCCCAGGUUUGCAGGUAAACUCAGCCCGCUCGGGGAGGGGAGCAAGAAGCUGCCCCAGGCUCUCAUCAUCGGGGUGAAGAAAGGAGGGACCCGGGCGCUGCUGGAGUUCCUCCGGGUUCACCCGGACAUCAGAGCCGUGGGAGCGGAGCCGCACUUCUUCGACCGCAACUAUGACAACGGGCUGGAGUGGUACAGGGAGCUGAUGCCUAAGACCCUGGAGGGCCAGAUCACCAUGGAGAAAACCCCCAGCUACUUCGUGACCAGGGAGGCUCCGGCGCGAAUCUCCGCCAUGUCCCGGGACACCAAGUUAAUCGUGGUAGUGAGGGACCCCGUCACCAGAGCCAUCUCGGACUACACUCAGACGCUGUCCAAGAAGCCAGACAUUCCCUCUUUUGAGAGCCUCACGUUCAAAAACAGGACUACGGGGCUCAUCGACACGUCAUGGAGCGCCAUCCAGAUCGGCAUCUACGCCAAACACCUGGACAACUGGCUGCAGUACUUCCCCAUGGACCAGAUCCUGUUCGUGAGCGGCGAACGCUUGAUCAGCGACCCGGCUGGAGAGCUGGGCCGCGUCCAGGACUUCUUGGGGCUCAAGAGGAUCAUCACGGACAAACACUUUUACUUCAACCAGACCAAGGGAUUCCCGUGCCUCAAGAAGGCGGAAGGCAGCAGCAAGCCCCACUGCCUGGGUAAAACCAAAGGACGGACCCAUCCGAACAUUGACCCCGAGGUGGUGCAGAGGCUACGGGACUUCUACAGGCCCUUCAACAUGAAGUUCUACCAGAUGACAGGGAGAUUUUUUGGCUGGGAUGAUUGAUUGUGUCUUUGUCUUUGAAUACUGAGCACUGUCAGAAAUAUUGCAAUACCGAGUCUUAGGGACAAAAUUGAUCAAAUGCAUUAUGGAGGAAAAAAAGAUAUUUUGGCAAAAAAGUUUAAAUCAGUCAUAGUUUAAAAUCAGCAAUGCAGAAGUGGCACUUUAGCUCGAUUUCGCUCUUCCUGAUUGCCACAGACAAUGUCAUCCAGGAUUCAGAGAACCAGAGUUACAUCCAUAACCAGCCAUAUCCUUCAGUGCUGCAGCUACUGUCUCUAAUCAGUUUCUACAUCUUUGCCAACACUGUGCUCCUGGAACAGCAGCCCUGAAAUAUCAGCACAGACACUGCAGCUUUGGAACUAUCUUGCCAUUUAAAACUAAAGGCUCAUUUACUUGUGGAUUAUUAGCUUCAUUAACAUUCAGUAAACUUAUUAGACCCGCACUAUUGCUUUAAUCUAUCUAAUUUAACCCACCCAGUUUAAUAUUUUUUUAUAUGUGCUCUCUAAGUACUGUUGUUUUCUUAUAUUUAAAAAUUAAAGCUUAAUUAACUUAUUUAUUUUGAUUGAUAGGUUUUUGUUUAAAUUUAAACUUGGUUCUUAAACUGCUACAGAUAAUAUUCUAUGAUCGUGAAGCUUUAUGUAAAUAUACGAAGUAUAUUACAUAUGACUCUUUUGCCAAAAUAUCUUACAGUUUUUCCUCAUAAAGAAAUUAUUUAAAUCUCCUUAUUCUCAUGAAAGUCAGUAGUUUAUUCGUGUAACGUUGUGACUUUUUACUCAAACGGCCAACAGUGUUCCCAUAGAUUUCCCACUCUGUCAUAUUUUACAGUUCCGACCACCUCAUCCUCAGCGCUAACCCUAAGCAAUAUACAGCCGUUACGGGAGAGAAAAAUCUGUCCUGUGCGGCGCUCCAGAUAUGCAAUAUUUCUUACUUUUUACUUUAUCAGAGAUGCCUCUAAGCCACGCUCAUAGACAUGUUUUCUUCAUAAAAAAAAAAAAACGUUGAAGGAUUUGUGUCGUUGUCUUCCUGCACUAUCUAAAGAAACUAUUUUUUUUUUCCAGUUUGAAAUUCCUUGACUGUGAAACAGAAAUUAUUGUACGCAGGGCUUCUUUAGGAGGAUGGCCUAAAUCAAAGUAGGGAUUUUGAUAAAAACAAGCAAUUUAAUGCCAUAUUCUAAAACAUAAAGUUUCAUUUAAAACUUAACUUUUAUUUUAGCAAAAAUAAUAAUUUGAAAAGAUUAAAUGUAUGUAUUUUUUAAAUGUAUUUAUUCAAAACGUACACAAACAGAAACUCCUCAGCGAUUACUUGCUUUACUAUCAUGCCACCCAUGAUGCCUUUUGUUUGUUUUAUUCUUUACAUUUUUAACAUUGUCCUCAAUUUAAUUUCAGGCCAUUCAUUUCAAUGAGUAUACACUGACGAGUGUGUGUGUGUGUGUUGCUGUGGGAGCAUUUGUCUCCGCUUAGCUUUCGGUUUCAGAGCUGUGCGUUUGCUAUUUCAAGGGUCGUUCCCCCACCUUCAGUUAAUGAAGCUACAGGCAAAGACAGCGCUCACUGUUAUUUAAGCAACAUUGAUUCUGGCUGAGGGAAAAGACCUCCAGAAGGCCUUCCCCAAACUGUGACUCAAAUUUCCUUGACAUGCCUCCUCCCGAAUUGAAUCCACUUGAUGUCACUGGCCUUCCUUUGCCCGGAGGCGAUGUGUGCGCGGAGGUCUGUUUUAAACCCAGGGAGCAUGGCCGAGUUUGUGUUCCUCAUUCCUGCCUGCUCGUAUUAUGAGCCACUUUCUGAAAGCAGAUGUGUCUCGGAAGAUACACAAUCAGCAGAGAUUUAUUUUGCGGGGGCAUCAGGAAAGAACCUAAUAUAGAUUUUUGUGAGUUAUGUAACCAAUCUAACUGUUCUGACUGUUGCUUUCUUAACGUUGCUGGGUUUUUAAGGCACUCUUUGAAUAAAAGGUGUUAUAUAUA